GCGGACGGCGGCGGGCGGCCCUCCCGGGGGUGGGAGGCCGUGCUCGGGUGCCUGCUCCUGCUGGCUGCCGAGCUGGCACGCGGGGCGGCAACCCUCGGCGCCCCGGGCAUCGUCCUGGGAUGCUCCACCCGCUCAGUGGAGCACUUCGCGGUGCUCACCCCCGACUUCGACGUGUACGUCGAGGAGUGCGACGCCGCCAACACCGACGUGCGCACCUGGGGGAAGGAGUGGCCUGCUGGUGUUGCCCCCCUCGGGGCCGUCUGCCCCGCGGGCAUCAGGAGGUACGACUUCGCGGUCGCACCAACUGUGGCCCAGCUCGCGCAGGCUGGCGGCGGGCUCGCGGGCUUGGCUGCCCUGGUCGGUGGGCCUCCCCCUGACGAGCCAGCUCCUGCUCCCGCUGCUGCGGCGGCGCCUCCGGGCGGCCCACCGGGGGAGGGCGCGGGGGACCUCCGCACGCUGCCGACGGCGCACGAUCGCCAGGGCCAGCGGCGUCGCGAGUAUCGGGACAGCGUGCAGCUCCUGCGGCCGACGGCCUCCCCAGACGGGCCCGUCCCAGGGCCCACCGCCGAUCGCUGGGUGGCGACGUACCAGGUGGAGAAGGGGGGGUCUCCUCUGGGCCAUCACCUUGCCUGGAAGGCCGGCCUGGGCGUUGGCGUGCCCCCCGACGACCCCAUCGUCAGCGUGCACUUCGAGUACUCCAAGAUCGUGCAGGUGGCACAGCCGCACGACCAGAUCGACGGCUCCAACCUUGCACGCCUGGAGCUCGCGGCGCGGCAGCUGCAGCUAUGCGAGGAGCGGUGCAAGGAUAAGCUCGUCGGCUCGCGCUCUCCAGGGCCUGGGGGAGGCGAACAGUUCCUCUUCGCGGGGAUGCAGUCCACGCGCGGGGUCAUGGUCGCGCCUGCCCUCUCGGAGUGGAUCGCCAAGCAGCUGGCCGCCCAGUCUGCCAUUGCGAAGGAGCGCCGCAAGGCGCGCGAGCAGCGGCAGCUCCUCCACCCGCCCGCUGGCGCCCGCGGGGCGGGCCAGAGCGGCGGUGGCGCGAAGGAGUCUGGCUCGGGCAUCCUCAUGGCGCCGGUGCCGGCGGCUGCGGCAGCCCGUCGGCGCGAGGCCCUCCGUGGCUCCCUGAUGAUGGGCUUGACGUACCUCGAGCAGCGGCCCGUCGGCAAGGCCACGCUCGCCGACUACCAGAGGCGCGCCUCGGCGUUCAUCCAGUGGUGUCGCGAGCUCCACCUGGACUGGAGCGAGUGGCAGCUGCUCGAUUCGAUCGUGGUGAUGUACUUCGACUUCCUCUACUUCCAGGGCCACAGCGGGGAAGAUGCUUCUCGCCUCCUUGCCGCGCUGAAGGUCUUCCUGCCGCCGAUCGGGCGUUGGGGCGACCAGGCCAUUGCCAUGACCCUGAGCUUCGCCUGCUACCUGCGCCCGUCGGAAGCCGACCUCCUCGCCACGAUGCAGAUCGCCCCCCCCGUCGGGGCGGCCGCCGGGGGCUCGGGGCUCGCCGCGCUGCUGCUGCAUCCAGGCGAGUUGGGCCGCCUGGGGAAGACAGGCUCACUGGGCACGUGCACGAAGGAGGCCGCGCGCUCGCUGGGCCUGAACGAAUUCCCAGUCCCAGCGCACGGGCUCCGCCACGGAGGAGCUGCCGACGGCCUCCUCUCCAAGAAGCGCCGGGCCCUCGAGGUGCACCAACGGGGCGGCUGGGCGUCCGACCGCAACUUUAAGCGGCGCGCCAAGCAGGCCCGCACCAUCACGGAGCUGCAGCGGCUGGGCCCACGGAUCAUCGCCUACGGCCAGGCGAUGGACGCCGCCCUCGCCCACAUCUUCCUGAAGGGGCGCGCCGUGCCCGUGCCAAGCCUGACCCCGCGCGAGCAGCGCCUGCGAGGCCCCCCAGACGGUGAAGGCGUGCUCCCGACGGGCUCGGGGCACGGUAGGACGGGCUCCUGGAGUGCAAGCAUUGUUUUGGGAAUGCGGAUUGUUAGCGAGAUCUUGGAUACGGACAGUUGGUUCCUGAAAGCCCUCGCAAACCACGGAAUGGAGCUCCGGAGAGACCACGCGAAGGGAGCAGAG